AUGCCUUGUGAUCUUCCUGUUGACUGUUUAAAAGAAAUUUUUGAAUAUUUGAAAGAUAAGGACUUACACUUGUACUUACAAGUAAACCAACUUUGGUAUGCAACUUCCGUUCGAAUUUUAUGGAGAAAAAUUCAAAAUUUUAAUACUUUACUCAUUUGUCUUCCUAAUAAUUCAAAAACAAUUUUAUCUGAAAAUGGAGAUAUAAUUUCGGACUUAACUUCAAAACCUUCAUUAUUUUAUUAUACAACAUUUAUCAAAAGUCUUCAGAUUGAUGAUAUUUGUAAUUCAAUUAAAAGAUCUAAUAAACUCCAUCUUCCUAUUAAUAAUCUAGAAAGCUUUGAAAAAUAUCAACAAACUAUGGUGAUAAUAAUACAGGAAAUAUCUUAUAUGUUAAUGAAUCAAACCUCUCUGAAACAUUUAGAUUUUUACACUGGUAUAAACAACAGAAAUAUACUAUUUAUCAACUAUCCUGAAGGAGAAGAUUGUUUAAGAGAUUUUUCUGAAUUGAAGUGUUAUUCAAAUACUUCUCCUGAAUUUUGUAUAAACUAUCUUGAAUUUGUCACAAUUUACGAUCUCUAA